CUGGUUCCUUACAUACUAAACUAGCAGGCAACUUCAAUUUCUAGCUAUUUUAGAAGUUAUUUAAUAAUCUUUUAAGUCUAUUAAUUUACAUUUACCAGAUCAACUGGAUAUAUCCUCCUCCUUGUGCUUCUCUCCGAAACGUCACACCUACUUUCCUCUUUAUUAAGAUAUAAUGGAAAAAAUCACUUUUAAAUUCCAGAAUUUCCAUUUCUAAUGAUUCUUUCUCAUCUCCGACCGUUCUCUUCAAUGGCAUCCAAGGUACGAUUCUUCUUUAUAUCAUUCCAUGUUUGCCUCUUAAGCUUGUCUAUCUUCCCUCCUGUGUCGAUGCUUUGCCAGGUCAAGGAGAUGCUAUCAGUUCUCUUUGGUUUCCCCCAUGAAUGGGUUUCCAACGAUUCACUCAGACUCUACUCUUCCAAACUCCUUGAUCGUGCUCGGCACCAUCUCGAAGAGAACCAAGAGAUUAUGCGUCUGGUAUCCACCGUUUCUGUUGGGCUUCUCUUAGUUGCUGCAUAUGUGGCUGCCUACUUGAAGAGCAGGCAUGAGAAGCAAGACCCACUUGAUAGCCCUCCUGCAACGACUUUCCGAUGCAAAAUCUGCUUUGAACCCAGGUGGGGUUUCCAGUCAUUUUCCAUAAUUGGCUGCGACCAUGUCUUCUGUUGUGAGUGCAUUAGCAGUUAUGUGAUAUCCAAGUUAGAAGAACAGGUAACGAGUAUAAAAUGCCCAGAAUUGAGUUGUGAAGAAUUGUUAGACUUUGAAUCCUGUCGUUUAAUCCUUGCACCCGAGGUGAUUGAUAGGUGGGAUGUUGCUCUCUGUGAGUCUUUAAUUGGUGAGACCCAGAAAUUUUACUGCCCUUUCAGAGAUUGUUCUGCCCUGUUGUUGAAUGAUGGGUUGGGGGUAAUUAGGGAAUCAGAGUGCCCCAUUUGCAGGAGACUGUUCUGUGCACAGUGUAAGGUUCCAUGGCAUUCUGGGAUUGAGUGUAGAGCGUUUCAGAAUUUGAAACAGUAUGAGAGAGGGAGGGAAGACUUGAUGGUAAUGGAGCUUGCUAAGCAGAGGAAAUGGCAGAGGUGUCCCAAAUGUCGCUUUUAUGUGGAGAAGUCCCAGGGUUGCUUGCUGAUCAGCUGCAGGUGUGGGUUUCGUUUUUGCUACAAUUGUGGGUCUCCAAUGGAAGAUCACUAUUGUCAGAAGUGCAAACACUAGUUACUUUUUCAUGUGUAGAUUGGUGAAAGCCCAUCUGUCCUUUAAUGUUCAAAGUAGAUGGAAAGAGUUUUAUAGAAAUUUAGAUAUGAAAAUUAUUAUUAGGAAGGGGGAGUCUUUGAUGGUAGCCAGAAUUCUAAGCUAUUCUUACUUCUUAAUAUUCAUUCCUUUUUGGAAUAUGGGUGGUAGAAUUUGAUUGUUUAUAUCUUAGAGGGCCUGGAAGUUUGCCCAAACUGCAGAAUGCUUAGAUCAGAUCAGUUGAGUUUGUGCUUGUUUUUUGAUCAUUA